AUGUCCUUCGAGAAACAACCCGUCUCCACGGACGAGGAACUCGCCGAUACCAGUGGGCCCCCGACCCCCAUCGAACCCCAGAAACACAAAGUAAAAUGGAACCACAGCACAACCUACAACGCCCUUGUCCUCGGGCUAUGCAACUUCCUAGCCCCAGGAAUCUGGACAGCCAUGAACUCGAUCGGCGGCGGGGGAUCCGAAAGUCCCUACCUGGUGGACGCGGCCAACGCGCUAACCUUCGGCCUGAUGGUGAUCUCCUGCUUCUUCGGGAGCAUCGUUGUCCGGUGGGUGGGGAUCAAAUGGACGCUCAUCAUCGGGACAGUAGGGUACGCGCCUUACGCGGCGGGGUUAUACACACAUAACCGGUUCGGGACGGACUGGCUGGUGCUGUUCGGGGCCGCGCUGUGCGGCCUCUCGGCGGGGAUAUUCUGGAUGGCGGAGAGCGCGAUCGCCCUCUCGUACCCAGAGCCGGGGAACCAGGGGAAGUUCCUCGGCCUGUGGCUGAGUUUCCGAGUCGGGGGGCAGAUCCUCGGCGGAGCGAUCAAUCUGGGUCUGAACGUGAACCGGUCCACGGCGGGGAGUGUGUCGUACGCGGUGUUCGGGGCGUUCAUCGCCCUACAGGCCCUGGGACCCGCGGCCGGCCUGCUCCUCAACAAUCCGGAGAGCGUGCAACGCACGGACGGCCAGAAGGUGCAGCUGCGGAUCGCGCACGACCCGAUCUACGAGAUGAAAGCGAUGGUGAAGCUCUUCUUCACGCGGAACUUCCUGCUCAUCGUGCCGCUGAUCGCGCAGGCGACAUACACGGAGGCCGUGAUGUUCACGUACCUGGAUCUGUGGUUCUCGGUGCGGGUGCGCGCGCUGGCGAGUUUCCUGUCGGGGUGUCUGGCGCUGAUCUUCGGGAACGUGCUGGGCGCGUUCCUGGAUAGUGGCCGGUUUGGGCUGAAGACGCGCAGUCGGGGGGCGUUUGGGACGGUGUUGCUGCUGCAGGGCGGGUGGUGGGUGUGGGCGACGGUGGUGACGACGGGGUAUCGCAGGGAGUGGACGGAGGCGAUCGAUUGGACGGAUCCCGGGUUUGCGAAGGGGUUUGUGUUGUAUUUGGUGUGGGUGGUUGGGUUUCAGUUGAAUUAUCUGUUUUUGUAUUUCGUGGUUGGAAACCUCGCGACGGACGAUGAGGAGGUGGUUCGCGUGAGUGGCCUGCUCAGAGGCGUCGAGUCGGCCGUGCAGGCCGUUUCGUACGGGCUGAGUAGCGUCGGCAUCAUGGCCUCGGUGGGCGGCACGUACAUCAACUUCGGGCUCUGGGGCAUCUCGCUGCUGCCCGCCUGGCUGGUCAUCCGCCAGUUCGGCGUCAGUCUGGACGACCAGAAGCUGGUGCGGGAUCAGAAGGCACAGACGGAGGAGUAGACAUGCUGCUGGAUAGACAUCUGUGGAGAAAUGAUGGAUAGAGAGGCCUCUCAUCUGGAUGUACAUCUGUAUAGGGUAUAGACAUGCGAAAUACAGGUAAA